ACCACAAAAUUUUAGUUAUGUUUUAUAAGCGUUUUUGACAUUUAUAUGUCUGUUUAUCAACCUUGGCUUUCAUUUGUGUAAUCUUACUGUCUGUUCCACCAGAGAUAUUCAACAAUGAAUGAAAACUGUGCCGACCAACCCCAGUGCCAACCAAUCCUGGUCUUCCCUGCAAAAUCCCUAGAAAUGGCUCAGUGUUUUUACCGAUGUUGAUUUAAAUUAUUCACAUUCAUCAGAUGAUAUUUCCUCUCCCCUGAAUCAUCUGCCCCUGUUUAACAAACUAAAAAUAGAUGUUUUCUCAUAUUAAAUAUUGAUGCAUCAAGCACGCUUUGUCUACAAAAGAACGAAUCAAAAGUAGCUUACCUCUACAAAAAUCUCUGAAACGAUCAACAUUCUCCAGAUGCAUUUCACAAACAGGCUGCUUAUAUAUUCAGCUGUGAAAUUAGGUUACAUUUAAAGUCAAUCCGACUGUGCGCGCUCCACGGCCCUGUGAUGAGGUCGCGCACACGCGCAUCAGUCGAAGAGAGAGCGACUGUGUGUGACUUCAGUCUGUCGAGUCUGAAUUGAGCAGAUCGCCUGUUUGAGGAGUUACAGGGAUAUUUCGUGUCCCUUUGUUUCAUCACACAGUGACUCAAAUAUGAAGGUUCUACAUCUGUGUUUAUUCGCGACUUUUUGGAGAGCUAUGCAUGCUAUCCAUCCAGAUUGUGCUAUUAUCUCCCAGCUUAUCCAAGAUCAAGAGAUCUGCAUCCAGACUAGGAAGAGAGAGAUGAAGAACCAGUCCCAACAAACAGGAUGUGGGACCGAUUGGGAUGGGAUCCGCUGCUGGCAUACAGCCAAUUCUGGACAACUCAUUAAUGUGUCCUGUUCCGAAGUCUUCCAGCAUAUCUCUAACACUCAAGGCUUUAUAUACAGGAACUGCACGGCUCAUGGCUGGAGUGACCCGUAUCCUCCAUAUGCGGAGGCCUGUGCAUUUGAAGACGAUUCAGAGUCUGGGACUGUGACAACUUACUUAUCGACUUUGAAACAGCUGUACACUGCAGGAUAUGCAACUUCGCUUAUAUCACUCAUUACCGCUGUUAUCAUAUUCACAUGCUUCAGGAAGUUCCACUGUACCAGAAACUACAUACACAUCAAUCUGUUUGUUUCCUUCAUCUUGCGGGCUAGUGCAGUCUUCGUCAAAGAUGCCGUUCUGUUCUCAGAUGAAACUCAGGACCACUGUUUAAUGUCCACGGUAGCGUGUAAGAUUGCUGUAACCUUCUUCCAGUUCUGCAUCCUGACUAAUUACUUCUGGCUGCUGGUGGAAGGCAUGUACCUGCAGACGCUCCUCGCCCUCACGUUCGUCUCACAGAGGAAGUACUUCUGGUGGUACAUUCUAAUAGGAUGGGGUGUCCCCUCAGUUGUGCUGAUCGUGUGGGUGUUGACCAGACAAUUCUUUGAUAACAGAGGAUGUUGGGAUGACACAGAUAAUAUGAACAUCUGGUGGAUCAUUAAAGGACCGAUCACAGCAUCACUGUUUGCUAAUAUCAUCAUCUUCCUAAAUGUGAUUCGAAUCUUGGUUCAGAAAUUGAAAAGUCCUGGAGUUGGUGGCAAUGACACGGGUCACUUCAUGAGACUGGCCAAGUCCACCUUGUUUCUAAUUCCUCUGUUUGGGAUGCACUACACUCUGUUUGCCUUUCUGCCAGAAAACACGGGUGAAAUAGCCCGGUUCUACAUCGAACUCGGCCUGGGAUCCUUCCAGGGUUUUGUGGUGGCACUUCUUUAUUGUUUUCUCAACGGAGAAGUACAGGCAGAGUUGAAGCGCAGGUUGUGGACGUGGCAGACCCAGACUCACCUGAGUCCCAGUAAAAAGCGUCAGGUCACUGUUACUCAGAUCAUGAUGCAUGAGACUGCUCAUCCACAGACUGACAUCUACAACGGCUACAUCACGUCUGUGUGAACACACCUGGAUGUUGCAGGCGGAACAACAUGCUAAAGACUUCAAGAGCUUCCCGCUCGGCUCUGGAGUGUGGAAGACGGUCGUAUGAGAUGAAACAGGUCACCGUAUGGCACUUAUCAAGGUUGUGUUGAAAAUACCAGAGUUAUGGAUUUUUAAAACUACAACGAGAUGUUUGUGACACAGCAAGUGUGUGGAGGUUUGAGUAAGAUUUGAUUGAGGACCAGUGGAUAAUGUGGCCUGUUCCUGAGGGUGGCAUUUUUGGCAAAUGGCUGAUUGACAUUUUAAAAAUCUGAUUGUAUCAGUAUUUGAUUUUGGUAUGAGAAUGAUUAUAAAAUGUUAAGAAUUUUAUUUACAUCCUCAGUCUUAAGCUAGAUGCCGUAAUUUGUAAACUGAUAGUAGCCUACCACAAUUCAUAUUUAUCAGUUUGGAGGCAUUUCAUUCUUAAAGUGAUUAAUAUUUAUUAUUGCUGAUGAUGUGCCAUGACUCUAAAGGCAGGCAUACACUGCGAUUUUCAUCCGAUUUUGAGCCGAAUUCUGACUCGCGCAACUCUUUUUUGAGUCGGGCCGAUUUUCAGCUUUGUCGUGUGUCGUUUGUCGUGCAGUGUACACGGGGAAAUGAGUGGCGAUAAACCUCUCCCGACUGGCAAGCGCAUGGUCGGAUGAAGUUCUGGCAUGUCAAUUUGGUCGCCCCUCGUGAGGAUAUCGCACAGUUGAAGCAGAGCUACGAACCGACUUACCUGAACUCUGUGGUUUUCCCCCCACUGCGCCUGCGCGAAAAAAGAAAUUAAACCAAUCUUCAAUGCAGCAAGAAAGAAAACGAAAAGAGGGAGAUCUUUAAGUUCUGUAGCUAUCAAACUAGCUGCAAUUUAGCAAAAUGUUGCUUACCUCCAGUUCGUGUUGCAUGAUGGAUAAACCCACGUCUUUCAAUCAAGCCACCUGGGUGUAGCUACAUAACCGGUGCCUCUUGUAUUAAUUUACUUGAUCAUAUGUUUCGCUUUUCACUUUCUAUUUACUCAUGUACGCUAUUUAAUAUUCACUUUAUUUUAUUAAAGGCGGAAAUGUGAACUGUUGUCCAUCAUUUGGCAAUUGGUGAUAAAGAAAAAUGUCACGUCGCAAUAUAGGAUUUUUUUCCAUUUUAAACCAGGAAGGCGAGUCAGUGUCUACUUUAUAUCACACAAGCAAUGUGCAAACUUUGCGCGAGAGUUAUGCCGAUGAAGACGUCUCAAUCCCCUGUCAAUUAUUCACCAGCCUUUACAAAAAAAUAAAAGUAAAACCGACGAGCUUUCGGUGCAAUAUUUCUCUUGUGGCCCAUAAUGUAUGUAGUGGGUGAAAAAAUGAGAAGAGAAGUAUUUCGUAUUAAACAAGUUGUUUUUGAAGUGAAGCUGCUUUUCAUUGACUGAUUAUUGCAGUCUUCGGACACAUAGGCUACUGUUAAUAAUUUUAAUUAUAUGCCUUUAAUUCAUUGUAUAAAUGUCUUUAAAUAAUUUUCAGUGAGGAGUAAUUAUAAGCUAAUCAAAUCUUUUAUUAUCCUCGCAGCAAGUCAGUUAUGCAUGAUGCUAUGAAAUAUUGCGGGCCAAAUGAAUUGUAAUAUCAAUUUAAUAAUAAAUAGGCCUACCCUAUACUGCUGCUACUACUAAUAGGCCUACUUCUAAUAAUAGGCUAAUUAUUAUUAGGGGCCAAGCACCGAAGGUGCGGAGGCACCUAUUGUAUCCGUUGGCGUUCUUUUUUUUUUUUUUUCUUCUUCUUCUUCUU